GAUCCCGCAGUUCAAAGUUAGGCAGCAGUUGCACAACCUCCUGCAACUCUCUUAACUGGCUGCGACUGCGCUCAAAGCCCGGAACAUCCGAGGAGGUGAAGGGGAAACGUCCAGACCGUCCUUAAAACCAAGUAGCCGGCCCGUGCCUCGAUUUCACCCCCAGCACUUUGAGAUAAAGUCCUGGAAUUAGCCUGCAAAGCAGAUCAUGGCUCCCUUUGGAAAAAACUUGCUAAAGACUCGGCAUAAGAACAGAUCUCCAACUAAAGACAUGGACUCAGAAGAGAAGGAAAUUGUGGUUUGGGUUUGCCAAGAAGAAAAGAUUGUCUGUGGGUUAACUAAACAUACCACCUCUGCUGAUGUCAUCCAGGCUUUGCUUGAGGAACAUGAAACAACUUUUGGAGAGAAGCGGUUUCUUCUGGGAAAACCCAGUGAUUAUUGUAUCAUAGAAAAGUGGAGGGGCUCCGAACGGGUUCUCCCACCACUCACAAGAAUCCUGAAGCUUUGGAAGGCAUGGGGAGAUGAGCAGGCCAAUAUGCAAUUUGUUUUGGUGAAAGCAGAUGCUUUCCUUCCAGUCCCCCUGUGGCGGACAGCCGAAGCUAAAUUGGUACAGAACACAGAGAAGCAGUGGGAACUCAGCCCAGCAAAUUACAUGAAGACAUUACCACCAGAUAAGCAAAAAAGAAUAGUCAAAAAAACCUUCAGGAAACUGGCUAAAAUUAAGCAAGACAUGGCUUCCCAAGACCGAGAUAACAUGGAGACAUUAAUUCAUUUGAUUAUUUCUCAGGACCAUACUAUUCAUCAGCAAGUCAAGAGAAUGAAGGAACUGGAUCUAGAAAUUGAAAAGUGUGAAGCUAAGUUCCAUCUUGAUCGUGUAGAAAAUGAUGGAGAAAAUUAUGUCCAGGAUGCAUACUUAAUGCCCAGUUUCAGUGAGGUGGAACAGAAACUAGACUUGCAGUGUGAUGAAAGUCAGAUACUAGACGAACUGAGCAAAAGUGAUGGAAUUGCACAACUGGAAGAACAACUGAAAUAUUACAGAAUGCUCAUUGAUAAGCUCUCCACUGAAAUAGAAAAAGAGGUGAAAAGUGUUUUCCUCGAGCUAAAUGAAGAUGCAGAAGGGGCAGCUGCAGGUGAACUGGAAUGCUCCAAUUUAGAAAGUGUUCAAUGGGAUUUGGAGAAAAGCAUGAAAGCGGGUUUGAAAAUCCACUCUCAUCUGAGUGGAAUCCAGAAAGAGAUUAAAUACAAUGACUCAUUGCUUCACAUGAAAGCCAAAGAAUAUGAGCUCCUGGCCGAGGAGCUCAGCUCGCUUCAGGUCGACGACACAGACGGAGGCCAGCGGAAGGAAGGCCGAGGGAAGGAGGUGGAAACUCGGAAGGGCGAUGGCCCUGUUGCUCCAUUGACUCAAAGAGUGCUUCAUGUGUACACCAAUGACACAGACUCAGACACUGGGAUCAGCUCGAAUCACAGCCAGGACUCUGAGCCCACUGUGCGGGAUGUAGUGCUGUUGGCAACAUAAUAACAAUAACUGUUUUUCUGAUCGUCCUUAAUGCUCUUAAUGUCCACUUACCUGGAAAUUUAAUGUUGAAUAUCACCUUUUGAAACAAAAAUGCUAACUCAUGUAAAUGUAUUCAUUAGUUAAUAAAAUCCAGUAAA